AUGGAGUUGCUUUAUGCUGCACAUGUUGUGAUCAAGAAUAAUCUGGAUAGUUUACUAAUUGAAGUCGCUCCUGAUUUGAUGAAAGGUGCAAAAAUCAUCAAUAUGUUAUCGUCAAAUAAUAAUGGUAAUCAAUGGAACAAAUUUGGGAAAAAGAUUCUUGAAAAUAAUAUCAAGAAUUACAAAGAAAAGACCCGAUCAUCUGAACGAUUAUUACGUGUACAUAGAUCCAAUGAUGAACAAUUUCAAAACAUUAGUUCUCUUCGUAAACCCUGUGAUAAAUUUCAAUGGAAUGUCGUUGAUGAGAAUUCGACUGUUUUAAUAUUGACUGUGAAGUUGAAUUUCAACAGAUCUAUUUGUUCAUUGAGUAAUAUCAACGUGAAAGUAGCAUAUGCACAUUUGUGUCAAUAUUUACUUGAUCGUUGUGUGAAUAAUAUCAAAUGUGGUAAACAUGGACGUUGUAUUAAUAGUCAAACAGAUUUUAAAUGUUUAUGUUCAUUUCCAUACAAUGGAACUUAUUGUGAUUCAGUUUCACUCAAAAACAUUCAACUCUUGAUUGCUAUUCCAAUUGUUAUUCUUGCGCCUAUACUACUUAGUGAACCCAUUCGAAAUUUACUCUGGAAAGUUAUUAAGCGAUUGACACCAUCGAACACUAAUGGAAAAAAUGAGAAAAUUAAUCAGCAAUUUGAAGGUGUGACCAAUGGUAUUCGACAAGCAACAUUCUUCGAAUUAGAACCAGAUGAAAAGCGUACUCGUUCAAUUUUCGUUUCUAUAGUGUCACUGGUUUUCUUUUUGAUACUUAUCGGUAAUCCAGUCGUUCGUUAUCUCCUAAUAUCUUCGACAAAUCAUACAAAUGUAUCAACACUCGAUUCUGUCACCAAUGAUAAUAUUUAUAUGAACAAUCAAUAUGAACGAAAUACUAUUUUUCGAUUAGAUAAUAUAAUUUUCUUUAUUUUUUCCAUUGGAAUAAGUGUUAUUCUGAUCAUUUUCAACAAAAAACCUCAAAGUGAUGACAAACAUCAUUCGAGAAUCAUCGAACCGAUCAAACCAUUUUAUAUAACUGAUCGGUACAAAACAGUGGUCAUUGUUUCAAUUCAAAUGUUUGAAAUCUUAGAAGUUCUUGAUGAGACACGAAUCGCUGUUCAAAAUGCAUUAGAAUCCGGUGUAUUUGUCAAAAUCUUUAUACGCAUGGUAUUUAUUCUUAUUAACACCAUUGUUGUUUGUACAUAUACAAUUGCAUAUGUCUUUCUCAUUCAUCUUACAUUUAAUCUGAUAUUUUUUUAUACAACAGAUAGAACAAUCUAUAUGAUCUAUCUCAUACAAUUAGUAGAACGUAUAUUAAAUAUCAAAAUUGAAGAACAAUCAUUUCAAACAGAAGUAAUAAUCAGUGCGAUGAUAACGACGGUUAUUUAUGGACUUCAAUUAUUGCACAGCAUCCAAAAUUAUAAAGAUCGUGUCAGAACUUUGUAUGGUACAGAUUUUGAUAAUUCCGAGAUAGUUUUUCUUUGUGAAAAGCGUGAAAUUAUUCCCAGAAGUGUUCAAUAUCCAGCUUUUAUUUUAAGAUAUUUACUUGGCGGUUAUAUUAUUUGUUUUCAUUCGUUUUUAUUCACUAUAGUUGGAGGAAAAGCGAUAGUCACACAUAUAUCUUCAUUCAAAUGGAUACUUAUUUCUAUUGCUUCAAUUAUUUGUGUAUAUGGUUUACACAAGAUAAUCAAUUUUCUAAUUAAUAGACUUUUUAACAGUUAUCGAUUACAAGUUCAAACUAAUGUUGUUUCUUCUUCACAAGAUCAGGGCAACGUUGAUUCUACUUCACAAAUUGAAAUCGGCCCUAGUUUUUCUCCACCAAAUCAGAUUACUGCCGAUUCUGAUUUCCCACGUCAGACUACUACUGGUCCUGCUUUACAAGAUGAGACCAGUGUUGUUUCUCCUUUACAACGUCAAACUUCUUUUAUUGGUAUUAUCUCAUCUGUAUUUCGUUUAUUGACAAGUUUUUAUGCAAAUAUUUUAUUUUUACCUCGAAUUGAUUACAGUUGUUUUCCUCCACCAUUACAAACAUUCGAUUCAGCACAUAAAGCAUUUGAAUGUUUUAUCCGCUGGGAACUUCUUUACACAUAUCCUUUGAUACUCGAAUUUUCCCAUUCUGCUCAACCGGUAAACACCACUCAAGAUGGACCAGUAACUCGUGAAACCACCACUACGGAAUCACCGAGCGAUGAAAAUCACAUCAAUGCACCACAAAGUUAUGAGAGGAGAGCAUCUGCGACUGAGUCGUCACUUGAUGAACCACAGCAAGCCAAUGAUUUGCCCGAGUCUAGUACCUAA